GGUGAUUGUGUCUUCCCCUGCACCCAGGCACCUCCUCAGCAAUGCCAUCAUUCCACGCCUCGGUUUCCCCGAGCUGGGAAAUACCGGAGGUGCUGCAGCACCCGUGAGUGGGGGGAAUGAAGAGCCAGRGUGGUGAUGCCCCAUAGGGCUCUGCCUCAUGGCACCAGGUAAAACCCAGGCGUGACAUCAGAGGAGAGGGCAGAACAGCUCGGGGGAGCUCCUGCAGCGCCCAAAUUCUUAGCAGAGACUAAAUCAAGCACUGCAGCGUGUGUUCGGUGGCGGUGCUGCCUCCGGGGGCCUKUGAGCAUCCCACCGCAAGCUCUGGGCACCCCAGCGCCGGUGCCUCAUGCUCAGAGCAGGGAGCAGGCAGGGCUCUCUCUGUUCCUCACCUGGGCAGGUGAGGAGGGUCGGGGCAGCCACGUGACGAGCCCCGCUGGAGGUUUUUAGAGGCGGCUGCACAUCCCUGGAGGAGUGUCACCCGCACCUCCCAGGAGGCAGGGUCACGKCAGCGCCUCUCCCGCUCGCCCUCGCCGCUGCCAUGGCCGGAGCAGCCCCGGGGAAAGGCGCGGGGCCAGAGCCCGACAGCUCCGAGGAAGAGCUGGAAGCGGGGGACGCACCCCAGGCGCGCUACGGGCAGGGUUUGUGGGUCCCCCGAGGCAGGGAAGCAGAYGCCAGCCCGGGGGACCCUGAAGGGAUGAAGGUGAGGAAGAGGAGCAGGCCGGUGCGCUCCAAGGCCAGGAGGAUGGCUGCCAACGUCAGAGAGCGUAAGAGGAUUCUGGACUACAACCAAGCCUUCAACGCCCUGCGGCUGGCCCUCAAGCACGACCUCGGCGGCAAAAGGCUUUCGAAAAUCGCGACCCUCCGCCGAGCCAUCAACAGGAUCGCGGCUYUGUCGCUGUCCCUGCACGGCGGUGGCUGCUGCUGGCCCUGUGCCCACUCCGAGUGCCGCGCCCGGGCCGGGGUCGCUGCUCAGGAGCCGGGGGCGAAGGGAGGCCGCCCUCCGCUGCCCCGGGAGCCCGGUUCUGCAGGCGCACGCUGCUUUCCAUCCCCUCCCUGCGCUGGGAUUGCCCCUCAGAGGCAGCUCCAGCACUACGAGAGCCCGCAGGAGAAUCACCCCGCGCCCGGCCCCGCCUGUUGCUCCAGCGGGAUCCCCCAGCCCGCGCUCCGGGUCGCCGGCCAGCAGCGAUUCACGGGCAGCCUGCAGCGRUUCACGGGCAGCCUGCAGGAGCCCCUGGCCGGGGCGGUGCCCUGGCAGCUGGGCUAUUGCCAGGGCUGGGGACACCAGCAGCGCCUGCCCAUCCACUGACCGGCGGGGCUGGGCUGGCAGGACGGUGCCGGGCAGGUAACAGAACCGUGGGACAGUGCGGGGAGCGGGAAGGGACUUUUGGGAGAGAGAGACAGAAGAGCUGCAGGACGCAGAGCUCAGCUGCGAUGCUGGCGAGCUCAGCGAGCCCCCGACAGGAUCCUGCUGUGGGUCUCCCCUCCACGGGAUGCCUGGGGAAGGCGGGAAGCCCUCUGGAAGUGCCAGCUCUGCGUUUCUUGUCGCGAGGUCUCGCUGCUGCCGGUUGCCGCUGUUAUUUAUUCUCUCUCGCUUGCUCUGUGGGAAAACACGACUGACAAGCCCGGCAGCAGGGCA